CACGAUGACGGAUUCUGGAGACCGUUCAUACAGGAGGACGGAUGGCUUGAAAAGAAGAUGGCCAUUCUAUGUCAGCCGUACUACCUCAACUCGGAAGUCUGCGGUCGCCGCACGCGUUACGCCAGCACAGGCGCGGUGCUCAACACCCAAGACUUCGAGAGACCGCGCAACCGCUGGCCGUGGGUGGCGAGUCUGCUACGAGACGACGCCCACGCCUGCACGGCCACUGUCAUCACCCCCGUGUACCUGCUGACGGCCGCCCACUGUGUCACCAGGACCCCGGAAACCAGCACUGAAGCCAUAGAGUCGACUCGUCUCAAGGUUGAGGUUGGAGCCGCUCACUCCAGGCUGGAGGUGAAAGAAAUUCGCCUGCAUCCCUCGUACCAGACCGGCCGCAGCCCCCGCAACGACAUCGCGUUCGUGGAGCUCCAGACGCCUCUGGUGUACAGCGCGGAGCUCUAUCCCGCCUGCGUGGCGGACGCCCAGCUCAACGCCCGCGUCCAUGCCGUCGUAUUCAAUCGCAGCUUCGAAAGGCCCAGUUUCGCGUACGAGGUCGUGGGGAUGAGAGUGUCGCCCGAGUGUCGGGCGCAGGUCAGCGAGUGUCCUACACUGCAGCUCUCCAAGUCGCAGUUCUGCGCCGAGGGCAGAGGCGGUGGCUCAGUUCUGCUCGUGAGAGGCUCGUCAGGAGGGCCGUUCUUGCAGAACCUCGUCAACGAAAGCGUCACAGAAGCGUGGACGGUGUCGGGCGUGACGUCCUCGUCGUCCCGGACCGUGGACUGCUCCGUCCCUGUCUUCACAAACGUCCAUUUGUUCUCUGACUGGCUCAAGGAUUCUGUCCUCGAGUUUAUGUCCAAGCUCACACUUCCGUGAGCAAAGAUUUU